AACCUCGUAAUCCCUAGAACUGAUAAAAAUAUCGGACCACCGCUUAUGGAUACCCUACCAAGCAAAGCCGAUCUUCUCAGUUCGCCUCCGGCGGACAGAUCCAGGAUGAGGAUCAUUGGGCUGGCAUUGGACGACCCUCGUACUCUUCGACUCAAAUUCAAAACCCGUAACGUUGGGAGGGUUUUCGUUGCGGGGUAUGACACCAGUCUUCCACAUGAUGAUGUCGAAGGAGCGUUGAAAAAACUCUUGUCAUCAUGUGGACAGGUCACUGAUAUUUUUAUCCGCGAAACAGAUGAAGGACUCGCAAGGCGUGCUAUUGUUUACAUCUUGGGAGAAGGUGCAGCAGACAAGGCGUUGCUACUUAGUGGAAUUGACGUUGGAGGAUGGAAGGCCAUUGUUACGCCUUAUCGUUUUCCGGAAUCUACAGGCCGUCGUAUUACCGUUAAUGUUACUGGAUAUGACGACUCGCUUAGUGAGAUUGAGAGUGCAAUGCGUCAACAUUUCUCUUCAUGCGGAGAGAUAAGUAACUUCGAAUUUUCUCGGGUUCAGUUUAUUUUAUUGUUGAGGGAGAAGAUGCCCAAGACAAGGUGACGGAUCUUGAUGGAAGUGAAAUGGGUGGACGCACAUUACAUGUUAUGGUUGUUUGUGGGGCAAUAACCACUGUUCACACCAAGCGUUAUUCUGCCAAGAUGUUCUAAGGUGCAAUGGAGGAGCCUUUCUAUCUUAUUACUUUCUAUCUGGAUAUGUUGUAGCGUGAGUCGUUGGAUGUUUAAUAAUAUCUUUCUAUGGGAACAACGUUUUUUCAUUAGAAAAAGUCGAAACAUGUUUUGUUUUUCUUGUUAGUAAAACAUUUCUGAAGCA